AUGGAUCUCGAAUUCUGUGAAUUUUAUUUCAAGGCUAUUAAGAAACUUGUGGGAAAUGACGGCGACAGAAACUGUGGCUUUAAAUCUUUCAGAAAGUCUUUUCAGAUGUUGCCUAUUACCAAACAGCGAUGCCAAUUUAAAUCGGCAAAAAAUACUGAAAUUGUGGAUUCCUUGGACGAUACACUUUAUAACCGUAUCGCGUGGAUUUACCAGAAGAGUACUUGUCUGUCUAGUGCCAUUGCUUAUCAUUUCAGAAAAGCUACGAUGGAAAAUUCCAAAAUUGUUAAUGAACUAUUGAAGAAAAACGAACUUAGAAUUUGCUCUGUGAGUACAGGUUCGCCAUCGGAUAUCGUAGCUUUAGUUAAAGUGUUAGAGUCUGUUGUUGGAACAAAUGAAGAGAUUGACAUUCGUGUCAGCAUUAUUCAUUCUGAUAAGAAAUGGAAAAUCACGUGUCUGGUAGUUCUCCUUUGUUUGGAAUAUUUUAAAAAUGCUCUUUGGAAAAUUGAUUUCAUCGAAGGUGAUUUUCGGUUUCCUUGCAGCAAUAAUUUAAAACAAGCCAUCAAAAAUGCUGACAUUGUCUCUUUAGUAAAUUAUCUUGGGAAAUUUGAAGAUGUUGAAAAAAGAAUCCAAAAGAAUAUUUUUGAAAGAAUUCAUGAAAAUCUCAAGCCAGGAGCACUACUUUUCGUCUUCGAUGAUUAUUACAGAAUGUCCAAUAUGAGAACUGCCGGAAAUCGCAAAGGUGAAAUUCCAGGAUAUGAUCUGUUCUAUGAGGCUGCUUGUGAUUUGCAUAUGUUAAGUGUUGCCGCUGUGAUGUACGACUAUUUAUGUGCAUAUCUGACAAUAGUUGUUGCAGUUGCCCUCUGUUCACCUUCCAGAAGCGAAAUGAAUAACGAAACGAAACGCCAGCGCACUCUGGUGACGGAGUUGAGAAACAUGAUAUCGGAUCUCUUCGACAAAGCUGAUGCCACCGAGGCCGAAGAAGAGGACAAACAAAAGAGAGAUCGCAAAUCGGUGGAUGAAUACAGUCCUCAUAAUAAGAAGGCACAGGCAGAGAAUCUGCGCCGAGAAGGCAUCGAUGACGUGUCAUUGUUGCCACUUCACCCUUGCGAUGAGUUCGACGAGGGCCGGCGAUCCUGCACCAGCAUCCGACAAAUCGGUACAACCCUCACCUUCGGUGUUCACGUGGAAGGCAGCAAAGACAUCAAGAAGAAUUACUACAUCCGGUGGUUCCGCUUCUUCAAGGUCUUCAAGAGCGAGUCCGAAGUAAAGGAGGAACUAACGACAGAUAAAAAGCCUUGGAACAUAAACUUGGGCGAAGACAAUACCGAGUUGAGAAUCUCGCCAAUAACAGAGACAGAUUACAGUCAUAAUUAUUUUGUCGCCUUUCUGGUGAAGAAUCAGGUCGAACCAAAGAAAGACAAACUCGCCAACUUGCAUUAUCUGAAAUUCUACAUACAGCCUCUAGCCAUUGCUGAACCAGGUGAUUCCGAAAAAGAUCUUGAAAAAGAAGUGGCCCAUGAAAGAAAGAGAAGAAGCUUACCAGAAAAUUAUGAAUACGCCUCAUAUUCUGACAAAGAAGAAGAAGAAUCAGAUGACUCUUACGAACCAGAAGAUGAUAUAAAAGCAGAUAUCCAGAAAAUCUACCAGGACGAUUAA